AUGAAGUUCGUGAUAUUGUUCGGUGUGUUGGCUACGGCCUACGCCGCUCCGGAUGGAUAUCAUUACGAUCGACCGGAUGUUAGCAGUACUCUCUACUUUCCAUCGGCACCGACCUACACUGACGCAAGUGACGAUUGUGAUGAACCUGUACCUCACCAAGAAGUGUUAGUUCAACAGAGUUUGCCAAUUUAUACUCCAAUUCAGCAUACGUCUAGCGUAUAUCAAGCACCGGUGAAGACUACAAUAGUGCAACCACUGAAGACUCAAGUGUCCUACGAAAGUCAGCAGCUGAAAGGUCACUCGUAUCAGCAGCAAUCGCUUGGCUGGAAUGUGCAAAAACCGGAACCAAUUGUUUGGAAGCAACCUGAACAACCUAAACCUUGGGUUGCCCUGAAUCAACAUCAACAUGCGCAAUCCAGCAUCUGGGUUAAACCUCAGCAUACCGUCGAAGAAGUGUACAAACACGUUUAUGUGCAUGUCCCACCGGAGGACAAAGAAGAUUACCAAGUUCCGCAGAUUAUCCAACCCGCAGCUCACAAGCAGACCCACUACAAAAUCAUCUUCAUCAAGGCUCCGAAUCCUCCGUCACCGAAGUCGGUCGUACUCCCACCACAACCACAGAAUGAAGAAAAGACCAUUGUCUAUGUUCUGCAUCAGAAACCCGAGCACAAGCAAGAAGUGAUCCUCCAGAAACCCGAACCUGCUAAACAGAACAAACCUGAAGUCUACUUCAUCAAGUACAAGAACAAGGUAGAGGAACAUAAACAUCCGGUGAAAUACGUAUCCUCGACUGUCGCCCCUGUGGUCUACAGCGCUGAAAAUACUGUGAAACUAGUCAACAGUGGAGCUUCGAGUUAUUCUUCGGGAUCGUCCGGAUCAAGUUAUUCGUACGUCAGCAGCACUCCCGCGCCGGUUGUUAUCAAACCCGUGCAGCACGUUAGCCCAAGCUACGCGUACGUCAGCAGUACUCCGGCUCCGGUGGCUUACUCAACGGCUGGGCUAUCGGGUGGAUACGAUGUGGCUUCCAGCGGCAGUAACUCCGCCAGCUCCGGAUAUUCCAGUGGAAGCAGCUAUAGCAGUUUCACUCGCGGUAGUGGACACGAAGCUAGUGGAUACGAAAGCUACGUCGAUCUUGGAAACUCCGGCUACUCUAGCUUCUCCAGCGGGGGAGUAGGUCAGCUAGGAGUGAUCAAUGUCGGUCCGAGUCAGUACACUUCAGUUCAAAGUACUACCGUGGCUCCAGUUGUCUCGACGGGAGCUUCGUACGUUAGUACAACACCGCACAGUGUGGUCAGUAGUACGAUCGGUCUGCUGGAAGAUGUCGCCAUCAAGAAUCCCGGUCUCAGCGGCUACGCCAGUCAAUCCAAUAGUCACAGCCAGCAGGGCAGCUCUACCGUCGUUACCACCAAGAAGAGCUGCCGACGAUGCGCCAGUACAACCAGUGCUCCCCUGAAGAUAGUUCAAGAUGCGUUCGUUUCCAACCUGUAUUGA